AUGGCACCGGUCAAAGCGACGCGAAAGAGAAAAUCCGAAGCUAUAACAGGUUCAAUUAAAGGCCAAAAGAUACAUACGAUAAGAUGUUCGCCCGAACGAAGUCCAAUCAAGAAGCGGAAGUUAGGCCUAUCACUUGCGCAAAAGCAAGCUCUCAUCGACAACCUCCAACUAGAGAUUACCGAACGUGCAAGACGAUUAAGAGCUCAAUACAAUAUCCAGGCGCAACAACUACGAUCACGCGUUGAGAUGCGCGUCAACCGAAUACCCACCGCCUUACGAAAACUGAAGAUGGGCGAGCUCCUUUCCAAAUCACUACAGCCACAUCAACCACCUCGCCCACCUAAGUCAACGUAUGUAGCCAGACCUCCACCCGUCCCUGCAAAGGAUAGCGCGUCAGCCAAACCCCUCCCACGAAAGCCAGUUCCAGCAGUCAAUGCAAAAGGCCUAAGCGAGGAAAUACUAGGUCUGGAUAAAGAGAAUCAAGGCGACGAUGUUCAGAAUCCUAAGAAGAGGCCUCGCGGUAUCCCGGGCAAGGAACCUGCUACAAUCCAACCGGGACAGGUCCUAUCGCCCACAUCUUCAAAUACGCGAAUAGUACCCCGCGCUCGCCCGGCAGCAUCUCCCAUAAAGACGCUAGUUAGCAGGCCCGCUUCACCUAUGAAAGGACCCCCGCCUAAGCCUUCUUCCAAUAUCAUAUCGAGUAUGGCAGACAGAGUGAAGGCAUCACGGCCUGCGAUUACGAGGAAACCUACCAAUUCAUCUAUGACCAGCUCGGCUAACGGCAACUCAUCUGUACGUGCGCGACAACCCGCAGUCCCAUCACGUCCCCCGACUGCAGCGUCUACGCGAGGGAGACGGAAGGCUAGUACUACAAGCGAGUCAAGCAAUGGCAGCUCGACUACGGUACACAAGAAGACAACCGCUUCGAGGGUGGUCAAGACGACAGCUCCCGCGGCCAAGAAAACAGUCAUGAGCACAAUAAAAUCAGCCACAACCAAAAAGCCCCCGGCAACAAAAGCCGCUGCCUCUGGAACGGGGACAGGGAGGACGUUAAGGAAGAGAGCAGCUUAG